AUGACAAAUCUGGUCUGUUAUUAAUGAAACAAACUGAGCUCCAGGACUUGUCCCACAAACUGCAGUCUGCAUCCUUCGGCUUGGAGCACAUGUUCAGAGAGAUGGGACACAUCUAUGAAGCCCACAGAACAACAGACAGAGAGAGCAGAGACGCUGACUGGUGUAAAUACCCUGAGCUGGCUGCACAGCUGAUGAUAUCAGGACACCCAGUGGAGCUGAUGGACGGGGAUGCAGGUCACCUGCCUUUCACAUGGAUCUCCAGCCUCUUAGAGGAAGUCAUCCAGAAACUGGGGGACCAGAGAGUUUUUGUGUUGUCAGUGUUGGGCCUCCAGAGCAGUGGGAAAUCAUCACUGCUGAGCUCCAUGUUUGGACUGCAGCCUGCAGUAGGUGCUGGCAGGAGUACCAAGGGUGCCUUCAUGCAGCUGCUCAGAGUAUCAGAGGACAUGAAGACAGACUUUGACUAUGUUCUAGUGGUGGACACUGAAGGUCUGCAGGCUCCUGAGCUGGACGGUAACACCACCCAUUACCGUGACAACGAACUGGUAACAUUUGUCGUUGGUCUGGGAAACGUGACUCUGAUCAGCAUCUUUGGAGAUGAUCUGUUGAAGAUCCAAGACAUUCUGCAGAUUGUUGUUCAGGCUUUGAUGAGGACGAAGAAAGUUCAGCUUUCUCCCAGAUGUGUGUUUGUUCAGGAUGUUCCAGAUGUUGCAGCAGCAGAGAAGAACGUGGACGGAAAGAGACGCCUGCAGGAACAUCUGGACCAGAUGACCAAACUAGCAGCUGAAGAGGAGCUUUGUGAUGCUGAGCGCUUCAGUGAUGUCAUUGAAUUUGAUGUUCAGGAAGAUGUGAAAUACUGUGGGCAGCUGUGGGAGGGCAGUCCACCCACGGCUGCUCCUAAUCCAGCUUACAGCGAGAGCCUCCAAGAAGUGAAGAACACCAUCCUCUCUAAAGCUUCAAAGUCUGCUGGGAUCACUCUCUCACAGCUCAGAACCAAAAUUCAGGACCUGUGGAACGCCCUCCUCAGUGAGAACUUUGUUUUCAGUUUCAAGAACACACCUUUUAACAGAACUGAAAGUGGAACGCUCUACGAGGCAGCAGAUCAGCACGGAGGAGCCAGAGGAUUCAAUGAAUCAGAAGAAAUUUCUGGAGUUAAAGAAGCCCUGCUGAACAACGACACUGCUGCAGCAGCUGCAAAGAUUAAACAACAUUUAAAAAAACAAGAUAAUAUUCCACUAAAUAUCGCCAUCACAGGAGAAUCUGGUUCUGGUAAAUCCACCUUUGUUAACGCCUUCAGAGGUGUGAGUGAUGAUGAGGAGGGAGCUGUUCCUACUGGUGUAAAACAAACCACCUCAGAGGUCACAGCGUACCCCCAUCCAAACUAUUCCAAUGUUACUUUGUGGGAUCUUCCUGGAAUCGGCACCACCAAGUUUCCGGCAGAUAAGUACCUGGAGCUUGUUAAAUUUGAGAAGUUUGACUUCUUCAUCAUCAUCUCAGACACUCGCUUCAGAGAAAAUGACGUGAAACUGGCUCAGGAGAUUCAGAAGAUGAAGAAAAAGUUCUACUUUGUUCGCUCAAAGAUUGACAACGAUAUACAAGCUGAGAGAAGAAAGAGAAACUUCAGUCUACAAGGCAUCGAGUCUCCACGGGUCUUCCUGGUGUCGAGUUUUAAGCAGCGCUGGUGUGAUUUCUCUCUUUUACAAGAUACCUUAGAGAGAGAACUUCCUAUGAAGAAGAGAGAUGCUCUGCUGCUUGUCAUGCCCAACAUCAACCCAGAGAUCAUCAUCAAGAAGAAAGAAGCUUUUCAGUCCAAAAUAAAAUACUACGCCACUGUGUCUGCAAUUGGACCUGAUCAAGUUCUUGGUGUUUCUGCUGCUGUUGAUGCUGCUGUUCUGGUUGGUGCUGUCACAGAUUAUGUUUUUGCGCUUGGUCUCGAUGUCCCGUCUCUGAAGAGACUUUCUGCCAGAACAGGUGUGCCCUACGCUGAUCUGUGUGCUGUCAUCAUUUCACCACUGGCUGCAGCACAAAUAACUGAAGAGCUCCUCUUGAAGGUCAUGACCCAAGUGGGACACACAGCUGCAUUAACUGCAGCAGAGGAAGCAUCCAGAUUUAUUCCGUUUAUUGGAAUUCCAGUAGCUAUGAGCCUCUCUUUCUCUACAACUUAUAAAAUUCUGAAUGUUAUCCUCAGUGAGCUCGCUGAAGAUGCUCAGAGGGUGUUUGAAAAAGCUCUGGGUCUAUAAAAAUAAAAGGCAAUGAAACUGAUCAGUGUGUCAGAGGCUUCAGCAGGUCUCAUUUCCUCUGAUCAGAGCAGAAACAGAUUAACUUCUCCCAGCUUCACACACUGAAAUUUAACUCUUCCUCACAUCAACACAGGAACAAAUGUGAUCUCACCACUCAGAUAUGAACUGUGGCAACAUUAUAAACUUUGUAAAAUGUAGAAGAGCUGCUGAAUAGUGUUAUUGUUUUUUUAUUUUUUAUUUUUUUGUGUAAUGAGUUUC